AUGCAAGACACUCGUCGCUUCGUAUCUCAAAAGACGGGUAACCUGUACAUUGCCAUGGUGGAGCCAUCAGACGUGGGCAACUACACCUGUGUGGUGACCAACACAGUCACCAAAAGUAGCAUUCAAGGCCCCCCCACCCCUUUAGUGCUACGUAUCGAUGGUAGGGCUCUCAACCUGUACCACUGGUGUACAUUACACAUUCUGUAUCAUUACACGAUUUCCAAACAGUAACAUCAUCAUUUUUUACAUUAUUGUGUUCUUCAGUGAAGAGGUUUGUAAAUAAAUAACAUAAGCGAACAAACCACAAAUACACUUUCCAAUAUUACAGCUCACCCACCUGAACUGGAAUGCCUCAUUUUGAAUGAUUUGUUAAUUAUAUGUGUAUUAUGUGUAUUACCUGUUUGUUGAUACUCCUUUAGGUGUAAUGGGUGAAUAUGAGCCAAAGAUUGAAAUCCAGCUUCCCGACAUCAUACCUGUGGCCAAGAGUUCCACUGUCAAACUGGAGUGUUUUGCACUGGGAAAGUAAGUCCUAAUCUGUAUCACUCUAGAAUAACAGAUUUAAGAUCAUAACGUAAACUCACUUCACAGUAGAGCUGGGUCGAUAAACUGAAAAUUACAGACACCGACAUUGCCUUCCUCUUAUCAAAACAAUUUUGCUUACAUCGGUUAUUUUCAGUGAUUAGGCUACACAACGUUCCUGCAGAUUUGUUGGGUUCUAAAACCAUUAUUUGGUCAACGGUAGUGUUCAUUAACCUGCUUCCUGCAAUUUUGACAUAGCCUAAAAAAAUACCAGAAGGCCUAUGCUAGCAAUUGUUGCUUGAUGCCCUAUUACUGGUUAGCUUGCAAAGUAAACAGUUUAUAUUCUUGAUCGGCAGAUUUUUGGAGCUGCAUAUUUACUAAUGGAAAUCCUCUCUACAAUUUGACGAUUGCGCUGCACCCUGUUCAGCAAUCUGCUAUCUCACUUGACCUGUGUUGAUUAACAGUUUUCCAAGUCAUCAGUCUCAAGUCAAGUUUUGAGGCUCCAAGUGCAAGUCAAGUCUAAAGUUAUUUUAUUUUCUAUCAAGACGAGUCUCAAGUCAACAAAUUUGUGACUUGAAUAAUCUAUGUUUUGUGACUCGAAUCCACACCUCUGCCUAUAGGCCUACCAAUGGAAUGUUUUUGUAGGACAUUACAUUUACUGUUAGAUCAAUUACAUGGCUAUCUAGCAAGAAUAUCAUAUUUAGAGUUAGCAAUCUAGCUAAUGUGUUUUUAGUUCCCACUUCCUCAGGUGAUGAAGUAUAUAGCAUAUACGUAGGCUAUAGUCCAUAGGUUAUAGAAGAUCCAGGCAAAUUCAUCUCUAAAUAGCCCAAACGAAAUCUGAUCAUUCUGGAUACUAUUUUGACAUGUUGCACAUUAAAAUAUCAAUCAUGGAUUCCCUGAACAUGUUAGAUGAAAUAGCUAAGUUCUUUCCUGCAUUACUUCUUAAUGACACUGGAAAAAGUUAGUCUAGAGCACUGCCACUAAUGGAAAGUAACUGUGCAUAAAAAAAACAUAUUUAUUGUUAUUGAGCAAAAUAUCAUGAUAUUACUUUUUUGUCCAUAUCACCCAGCUCUACUCCGAAGCUUGAAAUGACUCCACUUGUGUUGUGGAAUUGCUAGGUUUUUCUUGGUACAACUUGGUAGUACGUUGUCAAGUGGGCAGUCACGUGUGUUUGUGAGGCAGAGGACCCUGGUUCGACCCAUUGUACGAACAGUGUACCCAGAUGGGGAGGAAGCUAUACUGCUAAGCAGACACGCUGUGGUCCAUCACACUAGUCAUGAAACAAAAUUAACAAGAUGUUAAGCCUUGAGCACACUGUGUGAUAUGAUUUAUAGAGCAGUGUUUAUUUAAUUGACAAGACAGCAUUGGACAGGGAAGAGUUAAUUUGCUGGCUGGUUUCUCCUCUCAAAGACCAGCCCCUCCUUCCUCAAUUUGCUGUAAUAUCAGCGAAUCACAUUCCAUAUUAUCCUUCCAGCCAAUUAACUAUUUUCAGUCCAACUGGCCGGUUAAAUAAACACAUUUACAAAAACAGAAACAUUCACUUGAAAAGUGCUAUUCAGGUUUUUACAUUGCAUUCUCUAUUAUUGUGUGUAACUAGCCCAGUUCCCACCAUUAGCUGGAGAAGAGUGGAUGGGGUAGCAGUUGGCCGAAAGGUGGACGUGAACAAGGCCAGCGGAGUGCUCGAGAUCCCCUACUUCCAGCAGGAAGAUGCAGGCCUGUAUGAAUGUGUUGCCGAAAACUCCAAAGGGAGGAACUCGGCUAAAGGAAAGCUCUCUUUCUACGGUGGGUAAGAGUUACUGGGGGUUUUGUGUAGAGUUGUGAAGAAAAACAACUGGGGAAAAAAACAAUGGAGCCACUUCAUUUGGUAUACCAUGAUGGAGUCACAACUUAAUUUCCCUUCUCUUUCAGAAACCAUCUUUUCUUAAGAGGUUUUUUAUGAACAUUCUGGUGCAGCAAGGCUGAGUUCCCACUUUCUCAGAGAUUUGUAAAAUAUUAGACUCAUCCUAUCCUCUUACCUACUACUGUUGUAGAUCAUGAGGUAGCAAAUAGCGUCCACAAUGUCAUGAUGUUGCACAAUUGUUCCAGUCAUAUUACAGUAUAUAUCUGUAAAGAAUUAACUGAAAAAGUAAUUAAUUAUCCGUAUUAUGUAAAAUAGCUUGAUGAAAAAAGUUAGCAAAUAGUUUUAGGUAAAAUGUCUUCUCCUGUUAUAUUUGUUGUGAAUCUGUAACGGACAUGAGUCGGUCAUGGUCACGUGAUGAGGUAGCCCCGCCUACGAACUUCAAAACCAGUGUCUGCCCUCGGCCCAAGAGGGAAUUUCCUCUUGGUCUAAUGGUCUAAGAUGUUGGUUGCUCCCGUGGGAGACCCGGGUGCAUAUCCCGCAUGUUACAAAUGUUCAACACUUUUUUUCUUUACUGGCUAUAUAACUGCAUCAUAUAGUGGAAUGAGGUUGUAAAUUAAGGUUUUAUCAAUAUUUCAUUCUUGACAAGCUGUGCCAGAGGCUAAAGAGAGGCUGUAGUGUCCUUAGAGAUUUAUAUAUCCCUUCAAGGCCAGGUGAUUCUUCCGCACUCAGACUGGACUUAUGGCCCAUUUACUGAGAAAGCUUUUAAUGGCCACUCUGAAGGUUUUACAGUAUUUCUACCUAUUAUUUUAUUGUUUAUGCAUUACUGAAGGAUCCCCACUGUAGCGUGUGAUUUUGGACGGAGUCAGGCGCAGGAGCGUAAAUCACAGAAUAAAUGGUUUAUUCGGCAAUACAGCGGUAAGCAGCAAUGCGUAAAACACUCCAGUGCACUGUUGAAAACAAGGCGCACGGGUGAAUAUCCCAGCGAUACAAAAUACAAUAUAGCUCCACCGAGCUAUAGUGACCUCCACAAUAAAUAAUCACACACAACGACAUAGGGGGCAGAGGAGGGAGUAGUAACCUAUUCGGAACCUUGUUUACUCUCCUCAGGACUUUGAACGGCCCCACAAACCGCAGGCUCAGCUUCCGGCAGGGCAGGCGGAGGGGCAGAUUCCAGGUCAAGAGCCAGACCCGAUCUCCCAGUACAAAGACCGGGGCCUCACUGCGGUGGCGGUCAGCGUUGGCCUUCUGGCGACGCACGGCGCGCUGGAGGUGGACGUGGGCAGCGUUCCACGUCUCCUCCGCACGCCGGAACCAAUCAUCCACAGCAGGAGCUUCGGUCUGGCUCUGAUGCCACGGUGCCAGGACCGGCUGAUAACCUAAAACACAUUGAAAUGGAGAUAGGUUAGUGGAGGAGUGGCGGAGAGAGUUCUGGGCAUAUUCGGCCCAUGGCAAGAACACCAACCACUCCCCCGGCCGGUCCUGGCAGAAGGACCGCAGGAACCUACCUAUAUCCUGAUUCACCCAUUCCACCUGCCCAUUAGACUCAGGGUGAAACCCAGAGGUCAGGCUGACCGAGACCCCCAGACGUUCCAUGCAUGCCUUCCAGACCCUGGAUGUAAACUGGGGACCCCGGUCAGACACUAUGUCCUCUGGCACCCCGUAGUGCCGGAAGACAAGAGUAAACAGGGCUUCCGCAGUUUGCAAGGCCGUGGGGAGACUGGGCAGAGGAAGGAGGCGGCAGGCUUUAGAAAAGUAGUCCACAACGACCAGGAUGGUGGUGUUACCCUGAGAGAGGGGAAGAUCAGUGAGGAAGUCAAUUGACAGGUGGGACCAUGGCGAUUGUGGAACUGGUAAGGGAUGUAACCCACCCGCUGGAAGGUGCCUAGGUGCCUUACUCUGGGCGCACACCGAGCAGGAGGAGACAUACACCCUCACAUCCUUAGCCAAGGUAGGCCACCAGUACUUCCCGGUCAGGCAGCACACUGUACGGCCAAUACCUGGGUGACCAGAGGAGGGGGACGUGUGUGCCCAAUAGAUAAGACGAUUACGGACAAGAGACGGCACGUACCGCAGCCCAGCUGGGCACUGAGGUGGAGAUGGCUCUGUGUGUAACGCCCGCUCUAUGUCCGCGUCCACCGCCCACACUACUGGCGCCACAAUGCAGGAGGCCGGAGUAUGUGUUGUCUAUGGGCCUCUCCUCUGUGUCGUACAGCCGUGACAGUGCGUCUGCCUUCACGUUCUUAGUACCUGGUAUGUAUGACAACGUGAAAUCAAACCGAGUGAAGAACAAAGCCCACCUGGCCUGGCGAGGGUUCAGCCUCCUCGCUGCCCGGAUGUACUCCAGGUUACAGUGGUCAGUCCAGAUGAGGAAAGGGUGUUUCGCCCCCUCGAGCCAGUGCCUCCACGCGAUCAGGGCUCUGACAACAGCCAACAGCCAACAGCUCUUGAUCACCAACAUAGUUCUGCUCCGCCGGGCUGAGCUUCUUAGAGAAGAAGGCACAGGGGCGGAGCUUGGGUGGAGCAGAACGUCUGGGGGUCUCGGUCAGGUUUUGGAAAACAUGUGCGCCAAGUCAAGGUAUUCGGGGGGAAUGCGCACGGUGGAGGUAGUGUCUGGACUUUCCACAGUGGUUGCACCAACGGAAACAGCUAGACACCUACCCUGACACUCUCGCGACCAACCCGUGAGAACCCUCUGAGGCCAUUAAUAGGUGGGGUUGUGUAGUGUGAGCCAGGGAAGACCCAACACAACAGGGAAAUCGGGGGAGUCAAUAAUAAAAAAGGUGAUUUGCUCCUUAUGGGUUUCCUGCAUAAUCAUCGUGACGGGUGCUGUAACCUCCCUAACAUAACCUGACCCUAAUGGUCGACUGUCAAGUGCUUUGAUGGGCAAUGGAAUGGGUAGGGGAACCAAUGUGAUAGAUAGAUUAUUAGCUAAUGACCUGUCCAUGAAGUUCCCAGCUGCGCCUGAAUCGACCAGCGCCUUACACUGGGGAACUACCGUGUAAUCAGGGAAGGUGACGUGUAUGGUGAAGUGCGCAGCAGAGGGCUCUGAAUGAGUGUGGGUUUGCGCUACCUGGGGUGACGCGAGAGUGCCCUGCCUGCCGCCUCCAGACCCAGGAGAACUCUGACGACAGCAUGCAGCAGAGUGUCCUCUCUUGCCACGAGUGAAACUGGAGCUGUCGUCCUCCGUUCUCCCGGAUCGCUGCACCACCCAGCUCCAUCGGAAUGUAAUCCAGGUUGAGGGGUGGUGAAAUGGGCAGGUCCCUUCCAGGACGUCCUCUUGAAGCCAGCAGGUUGUCCAACCGGAUGGCCAUGUCCACGAGCUGGUUGAAAGUCGACGUGGUAUCCCGGCAGGCUAGCUCCCUUCGGACGUCCUAUCACAGGCUGCAACGGAAGCGGUCGAUGAGGGCCCGCUCGUUCCACCCGGACCCAGCCGGUAGUUCUAAACUCCAGGGCAAAGUCCUGCGCGGUCCUCGUCCCCUGCCUCUGAUGGACCAGCCACUCGCCCGCCUCUCUUCCUUCGGGAGGGUGAUCGAAGACUGCCCGGAAGAGGCGAGUGAACUCCCCGUAGUUGUCCAACGCAUCUCCUCCUUCACUCCAGACCGUGUUGGACCACUCCAGGGCUUUCCCAGAGAGGCAGGAGACGAGGGCGGACACCUUCUCCCGCUCCGAUGGAGCUGGGCUAAUGGUGGAAAAAUAUAGGUCCAGCUGCAGUAGAAAUCCCUGGCAGCGGGCCUCUGUGCCGUCGUACUCCCUCGGUCGGGAUAGGUGAAUACCUCUGGGCGCUGGGGUGUGGGUAGCUGGAUCCGGUCACUCAGCUGGUCCCGAAGGAUCGGGUCCUCUCCUCUCCAGGCAUUGGACGACAUGGAGAACCCGAUCCAUCGUUUCGCCCAAGCUGGCUAACAUGUUGGAAUGCUCCCGGACCCGCUCCACAACUCCAGGCAUAUUCCCUGCUCCUGCUGACUUCAUGCUGUCGGGUGUGUGAUUCUGUAGUGGGUGAUUUUGGACGGAGUCAGGCGCAGGAGGGUAAAUCACAGAAUACAUGGUUUAUUGAGCAAUACAGCGGUACGCAGCAAUACGUAAAUCACUCCAGUGCGGUAAUACGGUGCACUGGAGAAAACAAGGCACACGGGUGAAUAUCCCGGCGAUACAAAAUACAAUAUAGCUCCACUGAGCUAUAAUAACCACCACAAUAAACAAUCACACACAAAGACAAGGGUGCAGAGGGAAUAGGUGUGUGUAAUAAACAACACAAAACAAAUGGAAUGAUUAAAAUAAGGAGCGGCAGUGGCUAGAAGGCUGGUGACGACGAAUGCCGAAGCCUGCCCGAACAAGGAGAGGAGGCAGCUUCGGAGGAAGUUGUGACACCCACAAGGCUUUACAGAGGGUUGGGCUAUAAAAUUAUGAAUUACCGAUUUUUAUUCAAAAGGUGAUGUCUUUAAUAUGAUAAUACAUUUCCCAGUACUUGUGGGUAGAUCAAAACAUGUUGUAAUUUGACAAGAACCUUACAUGGUCUUGAUACUUUCUCCGGCUCUGAGUGGUGCAUUGUGGAGGCUUGUUUGUCCUUGUAAGCUUUUCGUCUGUUCUUUCUCCCAGCUACAAUGACUGGCCUCUUGCCAGGUGAUAAAAAUCAGUUAUCUCCUUUUGAACUCCCAUAGACAGGAGCUUGUGGGGCAUCCAUCAGCUGUAUAGAGGAAUAAGAUAAUCAAUAUGGGGGAUCUGGACAUGAAGCACAACAUCCCCUGCUGCUGGCACAGGAACAAUAUCCCCAUAUCCCCAGCCUCUCUUUCAAUUUCGUUCUUAAUUGCCCUUCAAAGUUCCACUAAAUGUAUUAAAUAAGAUCCUGUUUCACAGGUUGGAUGACAUAUGAAUAAGCCUGCUUUUGGAUAAAAUGAACUUAAAAAGUAGCCUCACAGUUGUGUCUCCCUUCCAUUACCUACUCUUUGGUGGUCUCAUUUGUAAUUCUUGGGGAGGUUAUCAUUUUGUAUUUUCUUCAUACAGUAAUGCAUUUUCAAUUCUCCAAUGGUUGGGACUUGGAUUCUUCCCAGUGCAUUCAUCAUACUGUAGGCUUUUGUAAAAGCAAUACAGUUGAGGAAAGGUUGUUUAGAAAUAAUUAUUCUUUCAAAAAGCUGCAAAACAGUUCUUCACCCUUAUAGGGUUGUCAAGAAACAUUCACAUCAGACUAUGAAUUCAGCAAACCUAUGUUAAAGGAGAUAAGAAAUACAAAGAUAAAUCAUCAACAUAAAACACCCCAAGUCCUUUUUGCAACUAAGUCCAAAUCUAAGUGAUUGAUUGAGUGCUAUUGUACGUUUUUGGACACAUCUCUGAAGAGUGUAGUCUCCUCCAGAGUAGUGCUUCAAAAAGUCUCACUACAAUAAGCAUGUUGGACAGGUGUAAAAGUUAGAGGUAUUCCUUAUGCACAUUACAUUUUCAUUUACACUUUGGUAAUUUAGCAGAUGCUCUUAUCCAGAGUGACUUACAGUCAGUGCAAUCAACUAAGGUAGGUAAGACAACCACAUAGACAUUGCAAGUAAAAACCUUCUUCAAUAAAACUUCUACAGUAUCAGAAAAAUCAGUGCUAGUAAGAAAAUACAAAUGCAAGCGUUAAGCAAGAAAGACAAGUACAACAUGACAAUAUGACAGCAAUCAUGAUUCAACACAAUAUACUGUAUAUCAAUCACUCAGGAGUAUUUACAGAACAGUCUUCCAAUAAUAGAUUCAACUUAGUAGUAGACAUGGUGCAGUACUCUUGUCGUUGUCUGUUUUCCCAGGUUUAUCCCAGCAUGCUUACAGUAUGUUAUCUACUAAAUCACACAACAGCAGCUUAGUUUACAAACUUGCUCGCAUCCACACACAAACGCACAAAAACACACACCAAAUAGGUGUCCUUGACCCCUGGCCAGCAUACAGUAUUUAUGUGAUGACUUAAAGGCCAUGAAUCUGCCCCUGUCCUUGUGGAAGAUACUACCUGGUCUCAGGGCUUCGUAUGAUUUGGUACGUAUUAUUUAAACUCUCCAUUUAGUAUGAUAUGUUACUUUACAUUAGGUCACAUUAUGAAUGGAAUAGCGGUCAUACAAUAUGAUAUGAAUUAAAGAACGUAUAGUAUCAUACGACCAGGUUGCUUGUUGCGUCAUAACAACAAAGGACAAUUACAGGGAGAAUUUAUAUUGGUGGUAAGGAGAACUAUCGACAAAGGUUAGGAUAAUUUACGUAAAAGUUUAGGAAACUAAAUCGACAAAGGUUAGAAGAAUUUAUGGAAAAGGUUAGGAGAAUUAAGUUAAGGUUAGGAAAAGGGUUUGGAGAAGGGUUAGCUCAAAUCCUAUAGUUGUCACUGACACGACUCAAACACGCAACCUUUGGAUUGCUAGACGGUCGCAGUGUAGGCCCACCCAUCCUCUCCUACCAACCUCCCUACUUUCAUUUCUGUCUAAAGUAACUAGAGUCUAGACCAGGGGUGUCAAACUCAUUUUAGCUCAGGGGCCACAUGGAGGAAAAUCUAUUCCCAAGUGGGCCGGACCGGAAAAAUCAUGGUAUAUAUAACUUAAAAACAACAACUUCAGAUUGUUUUCUUUGUUUUAAUACGAUCAACAUACAACAUAAAGCUGGAGCCUGAGGACAGUGUGUCCAAAAUAGUACAAGCACAACAUCACUAUUAAUCAUAAAACACGUCAAGUUUAUUUGAACAUUCUAAAGAAAAAGAACACACAAACACACAAUGCCUCAGUGAUUAACAGAACUGUUUCACAGAUGACAGAACUAUAUCAGGGUGUCAUUUCUCAGGCAGAAAUGUAGAUACAAAUAAUGAAAUCCUGUUCCCCAAACAAGUGCAAGAACCACAGAGUCAAGAAUAGGUUAAAUAUACAAAUAAAAUAAAAUCAAUUAAAAACAAUAGCACAUCAACAUAAAAACAUAUAAACAUAAAUCUGAAAGCGUUGCUCAAACUCCCGUAACAGUCCAGUUAUUUUAUCUUUGAACCGCUUCAUGUCUGCCACAUGUUGGGUCGCGCACACAUUUUUCAGACAGGGGAAGUGAGCUGCAUCACCACCGGCAAGUUGCGUCUCCCACAAUGACAGCUUCAACUUGAAAGAACGUAUGCUGUCAUAAUACUGCGUGACAACUUUGUUGUGCCCUUGCAGCUGUUUGUUCAAGUUAUUCAGGUGCUCUGUAACAUCCACCAUAAAUGCAAGGUCCGGCAUCCAUUCUGCGGAAUGAAAUUCUAACACUGGUUUGCCCUUUUCUUCCAUGAACUGUUCAAUUUCUUCUCGUAAAUCAAAGAAACGCCUCAGCACAGCACCUCGGCUUAACCAUCUUACCUCAGUGUGGUAUGGCAGGCCAUAGAUGUGGUCUUUCUCUCUGAGAAGGCUGUCAAACUGACGGUGAUUCAGGCUUCUGGAUCGGAUGAAAUUAACAGUUUGGAUGACCACCUUCAUGACGUUAUCCAUCUUUAAUGACUUGCAACACAAAGCCUCCUGGUGCAAAAUACAGUGAAAAGUCCAAAAAUCACGUCCUCCAUUUGCAGAUUGCACUUUCUCUCUGAACUUUGUCACAACGCCUGCUUUUUUCCCGAUCAUUGAGGGCGCACCAUCUGUAGCCAGGCUGACAGCGCGGGACCAGUCCACUCCGACCCUGUCCAGCGCGCCGACGAGUGCGGUAAAAAUAUCAGCUGCUGUCGUUGUAUCUGUCAUCGGCACCAACUCCACGAACUCCUCGGUGACGGUCAAUGUGUCAUCAACUCCGCGGAUGAAAAAAUGGCCAGUUGUGCAACAUCUGUAAUGUCUGUGCUUUCAUCAAUUGCAACCGAAAACGCAAUAAAUGACUUUACUUUUUGCUUCAACUGGCUGUCCAAAUCCACUGAAAGAUCGGAAAUCCUGUCUGCAACUGUGUUUCUUGUCAGGCUGAUAUUUGCAAAAGCCUGCCGCUUUUCAGGGCACACAAUCUCCGCUGCCUUCAUCAUGCAUGUUUUUACAAAUUCACCCUCACUAAAUGGUUUUGAAGCCACUGCGAUUUCAUUAGCAAUGAGGUAGCUAGCUUUCACUGCAGCGUCACUGAUGUCUCGGCUGUGAGUAAACACAGACUGCUGUUUCUUCAGACCCGCCAACAGUUCAUUCACCUUCUCUCAUCUCGCUGUCCUUGAAAGUUGUCAUAUUUGUCGGCAUGAAGACUCACAUAGUGGCGACGAAGGUUAUAUUCUUUCAGCACUGCAACAUGCUCUGAACACACCAAACAUACAGCUUUCCCAUUCAAUUCCGUGGUUAAAUAGGAUGACCAUUUUUCUUGGAACACUCUGCACUCUGCGUCCACUUUUCUCUUUUUUGACAGAGACAUAUUGGGGCAAUGAGGGUGCCAAAGCACAUAAUGUUAAAAGUAGAAGCCGUAAUAAAUAUCGCGGGCAAAACAAAGUAGCUCAUUGGCUGCACGUGCUUGACCUACUUGCUCUGCCCCGGUAUAAACAGUUUGCUUGCUUAACACAAUUGCUAUUGCGCCAUCCAGUGGACGCAAUUGGAACAGCAGUUAAUUUUAUUGAAAAAUUGCAGCGCAUUUUUAUACUUAAAUUGUUCGUUUUUUUUUUUUUUUUUUUUUUUAAAUCAUCUCGCGGGCCGGAUUAAACCCGUUUGCGGGCCUGAUCCGGCCCGCGGGCCGUACGUUUGACACCCCUGGUCUAGACCAUUGGUACAUAUCAUAUGUCUUGAAGGUGCACAAAAAUACAUAUUGUAUGCUUCGUAUGGCUUUGAGGCCAAGCUGGAAGAUAAGGCAGUAGUCAUUCAUAUGACACAAGAACCACCAUUUUAAAUACUCCACCAUUUUCCAAUAGAAAUGGAUUUGGGAUUUUAUUUAAAACGCUGCUGCCUUAGACUCACAUCCACUUCACUUAAUUCACAAUAAUGUGUCGAGUCAAUAUGAACUAACCUAAGCCAAUCACCAAUCUAUAAGCUUUUCAUUCAAAAUGGUUGUGACAAAAGAGCUGUAUAUGGGCUCUGUUAUUGAACCUCUCAUUGCUGCUGUUUUUGUUUUUUUGCUUCUUUUGGGGUCAGAUUUGGGUUCAUGGGAAGUUGAUUAAUGAAUAGCUUGGUUGGUUGCUUUAUUAUAACUAAUUGCCUGCUCGGUUGAUUCAUUGAUUUAUGUUCACAAACUGUAACCCAUUUGCAAUCGUAACCACCAUCCAGAAUCCCGGUAAACAAUGCAUAAACGUUGAGAUGUUCGUUCAUUGAGUGUUGUAUACUGUGGACCUUGCAGCUCCCCCUCACCUGAUUGAGAAGCCUCAGGAUGCACAGAAGCCAAUCGAUGACACCCUGGUGUGGGAGUGCAAGGCCAGUGCCAAACCGAAGUCCUCGUACCGAUGGCUGAAAAACGGCGAGCCUCUGGACCCGAUGGAGGUGGGUGGCUUCCUGUGAGAGCUGGAGGGAGGCCAGUCUCACUUCUUUAAAAAAAUUGUUUUAUUGCAGUACAGGUUUUUGUGAUAAACUAUCGCUAGGUGAUACCGCAAUACCACAAUGUGACCUAAUUUACAAAAAUAUAAUUAGAAUGUAGUUAUAGAUGAGCAGCUAAUUGCACCGAUGGUGUGCAUUAUAGAGCAUUUUGCAUACCUCAUAAGGCAUUAUAAAUGUGCUUUUAAUGCAUUAUGAAGAGGAUAUUCAUAAGAGGUGUUACCCAAUUACUCAAAUUACUCGAACGGAAAAAGCCUAUCAGACUAAUUAAUUGUAAUUCUAUUGUCCUAAGACCCUGGGACAUGACCAGUGUAAAUCAAAGUGUUUACUCAUAAAUAAUGCAAAAUGUUUCAUCCAAAUACUUGACCAUAUUGUUGCUUAGUGAGAAAAUGCAUUGCUAAUAUGGUAAGCAAUGACAUGACUGUUUAUGGGUUGAAGAACAUAGCAUAGUCAUUCUAUUUGGAAGAGCUUGGAGACACAAAAUAGCUGAAUCUUAGCAUACAAUUGAUAAAGGCCGACAUGUCUGUGUAGCAGGGUGAGUUUGUUUUGCGAAUGAGCCAAAGUGAUGCAAUUUUCUGCUUGUUGUCAAACACUGAGCACCGCAGUAAUCUGAUUUUCAAUCUCUUCUAUCUGCUCUUCCGAGUUUUUACCAUUAAGCCACUUCUCCCCAGGGAAAGGAAACGAGAAGCCUUAUCACACUGAGUAGAUUUCACAUUCAUGCAUUUGGCUUAGUUUGUUAUUGUGAUAGCUCCAGUGAAUCACAGACACUGAUAGUGGGCUCCCGAGUGGCGCAGCGGUCUAAGGCACUGCAUCUCAGUGCUUGAGGCGUCACUACAGACCCCCUGGUUCGAUUCCAGGCUGUAUCACAACCGGCCGUGAUUGGGAGUCCCAUAGGGCGGCGCACAAUUGGCCCAGCGUCGUCCGGGUUUGGCCGGUGUAGGCCGUCAUUGUAAAUAAGAAUUUGUUCUUAACUGACUUGCCUAGUUUAAUAAAGGUAAAAAAAAUCAUUAAAAAAAAGUGUUAGAAUUCCGUAAUGAACCUUCCACUGUGUUAAACAGGAAAUGUGUUAAACACUUUUUGUAUAAGUGAACAGGUGUCCAUUUAGUUGAUUUAAGAAUCGUGGUCAGCAGUCUCAAAUAUGCAAUCCUUGGUCAACCAUGAGGGGGUCAUUCGAAGGUCAAGUGUUAGUCACCACACAUCCCGGACCACAUAAAACACUUGUUAGUAUACCAGUGUACCUCAGUGUUUAUUGACUUUCAAAUCACAUAUUCUAUUCAAAAUAUCGGUCGGCGGAGGAAAGGUAACACACUUUUCAUACAUGUAGCUUUGUUAAUGAGAUGGGGUGUUACCAUUUUCGAAAUGCCACCGUCAACCGAGGCAGCAUUUAAUCAAUUUCCCAAACUCAAAGGUCAGUGGUGUAGUGGGUGAGGGGAGGCAAGGGAAAAGUCUAUACGGACACUCCUGAUCUGCAAAACGGUAUUUCAUUUCAGUCGGUUAGAAUUGGGUUAGGGUUAAGGGUUUGGUUAAGGUUAGGGUUAAGGUAAGGCUUAGUUUCAGAUUUUGGGUAGUGGUUUUACAGGUCAGGAGUGUCCUUAUAGCCUCUCCUGGAGGAAAGGAAGGGGAAGGUGCCAUUUGUUAUUCCUCAUUACAAUGAAUCUGUCCGGCCCAGUCUCUCUUUUUGCUCCGACUGUUACUAAUGUUGGCUAGACGCCAAGGGAAGUAGAUGGCGUUGAGUAGGGCUGUCACUUAAAAUGUCACCUCUUGAAACGAGGACCUUCUCACGCAUAUAUUUCCCCACUCCACAGCUAGCCCUGGACAAAUUAAUGAGUGCAUCUCGAGGUGUUCGGAUUUUUACAAAUGCCCUCUAAAGUCACAAACAUGACUUUGGAAUCGUUGCUGUUUUUUGUGUCUGCUCACCUAGCUGUGUCAGUGAUGGGAUCGUUAAAUCCAUUUCAUACGACAUAUGGUGCUCAAAUGGCCUUUCCACUACCAACGUAAAAUACUGCUAAAAUCAGAGAAUAGUCAAGCUUAAUUAAUGACAUCCAUAAAGCAGAUAUAUGCCUCCAUUUAUUGUAUCUGCUAAGAGCUAGAACCUCCUCUAAUUGUUCAAGUGGACAAUGCUGGGCACCGAAUGGCACAGUGAGGCACAACCCCUACACACACACACACACACACACACACACACACACACACACACACACACACACACACUGGUACAGACACAGAGACUCACGCUUUGUGUGCCAUCCCAAGUGCUGCAUGCACUGCCCCCUCUCGCAGCCUCUAACACUGAGUCAGCCACUCGCCCAUCGCAUGACUGAGACUCAUAAGGGCCCCAUUUGAAGCUCCUCAGCAGGGUCACUCACUGAUGGUAAGGGACAGCCUUGUAUUUUCAACAGGCAGAGCAGUAAUGCUUUCAGACAACAGACAGAGUGCAGGACGGUCCCUCCGGAACUGCUCUCUCAAUGACAUUAAAGGACCGGCUGCACUCAAUGGAGAAGAUCAAGGGCAAGAACAAUGAGUGUAGCCCGACUAAAUUGACACAACUAUAAAAGGGGAGUAGGAAGCAGUGCCAAUUCUCAUAAAGGUCAAAGAGAGAAUAGAGGAGGAAAGAAGUGGAUGUCAUCCACUUUGUGUGUGUGUUUGUGCGUGCGUGCUUGUGUGUGCAUGGGUGUGUGUUUGUUUGUGUACUUGCAUUCACAUGUGUGCGUCUUAUCAACUCAAUAUUUUUUUUUUUGCUCCUGCAUAACAAACAGUUCUUCUGAAUAAGACGGUCAUCCCAGAUUUAGCAAGUCUAUUAUGUUCCUGAUUAAUUCCACAGGGACUGUUCAUAUAAAACUCUCAUUUGAUGAGGUUUCAGGACCAUUUUUAGCAGAGGGGGUUAAUCCCCUAUGGGCCUAUUAGCACCCCAGAAAAUUAGCAGUAUUUUAAUUACCACCCCCCUGACGAGGAGAAAGAGUGGCUACCGCUGAAAUUAGAUCAGGUCUUCCAGCGGAAUACACCCGUUUCCAUGGAAUAUUAUUUCAAGUGUCCACGCAAGGCCCUUAUUAUGUGCUCAUAAACUGCUUAUAGUUUGCUGUUUCAUAAAUCAUCAGUGCCUUAUUUGGCAUGUUUAAGUCGUGAGGUAACACUUCAUUUGGUUACACUUCAGCCCUUCGUCAAAAGGCCUCAAACAAAAUGUUACCAAACCUAAAGUAUACAGUAUAGAGAAGCAAUACAUUGAAAUUAUACUUUUCAAGCACAGUGUGUGGGAUCUUCUUUCAUUUGAACACCAAACCUUAAAGUGUCAGCAAGUAUUUGUAUUUAUUAAGGAUCCCAAUUAGCUGCAGCAACUUUAAGGCAGUUAUAUACAAUUUAAAAUAUCACAUUACAUUUCAUAACACUUUUCACAACACAUUAAGUGUGUGCCCUCAGGCCACUAUUCUACUAUCACAUAUCUACAAUACAAAAUCCAUAUGUAUGUGUGUCUGUGCCUGUGUGUGUGUCGCUUCACAGUCCCCGCUGUAUUUUUAUCUGUUUUUAAAAUCUGAUUCUACUGCUUGCAUCAAUUACCUGAUGUGGAAUAGAGUUUCCAUGUAGCAAUGGCUCUAUGUAGUACUGUGCGCCUCCCAUAGUCUGUUCUUGACUUGGGGAUUGUGAAGAGACCUUUGGUGGCAUGUCUUGUGGGGUAUGCAUGGGUGUCCGAGCAUGGCUGUCCGAGCUGUGUGUUAGUAUCCUGCCCUACAUUGUUUUUCUCUCAUUAGUUUGAACCUGUUGAAUGCAUCCUGCCAUACUAUGAGUACAAUAGCUCUCUCUCUGACUUUCAGAUGGAAAACCAGGUGUCUCUUUUUCAGGACAGAGUGCAAGUGAACAACGGAGUCCUGACCAUCAGCAGCUUGAAGCUGGCCGAUAUUGGGAUGUACCAGUGUGUUGCAGAGAAUAAGCAUGGCCGGGUCUUCACCAACACUGAACUCCGAGUUAUAGGUAAGAUUGAGCAUGCCAAUCUCAUUAUCAUCAUCGUCAUCGUCGUUCAGCUGCAUAACUAGCUCUCUUCUGUAGCUAUGGUCACUAGCAAGGUUUGCAAUAUAAUGGGGUUGAAGCCACUGAAGGCCAUACUGCAUGCUAUACAUGUAUCCUCCCAUAGUCUCAAUCCUGGAGGAAACCACAGGGUCGAUUAAAUCCGUAACGCGGAAGAUCUGUGUUGUAGUGUGGUUGACAUUUAGGGCUGUAUUCAACCAGUUCUGCCUUAACCUGCGAUAACCAACAACUGCAUAGCAGUUUGAUUGUUUUUAUUUAGGUGAUGUCGGAGGUGUAACUGCGUUGGAGCUGUCAAAUUAGCAAGUGGCUCCCGGUGUUAUACCUAUCGCGAACAUUGGCAGGAUGCGCUGAGUCGCAUUAGUAAUAAUCCAAUGCAGCCUUGUUUACAAGUUCGAACACUGGAAUGUGUGUUGUAAUCUAUACCUCAAUUAGGCUGAAACUGUAAAUCCUUAUUAUUUUGUUGAAUGAUUUUCAUUUUGAGUGUCAGUAUUUCUAUAUCAAAAUCAAAUCAAAUCAAAUGUUAUUUGUCACAUGCGCCGAAUACAACAGGUGUAGACCUUACAGUGAAAUGCUUAUUUACAACAAUGCAAUUUUAAGAAAGAAUACCAAAGUUUUCUUUCUUACAAAAGUUUUCUUUCUGUUUAUUUUUAAUUCACAAUCUGUAGAAGCAAUGAGAAUAGAAAGGUUCAGAACUUUUGUAAAACAUCACAGUAUGGUUGAAAUAUAUAUGGCAAAUAGAAAUCCUAUAUGGAUGGUGUUAAGAGAUAGAUGGGAGGUAUUGAAUAGAGUUGAAGGAUGGGACUAAUAACAAAUAACAACAAAUAAUAACAAAGAUAGCUAAUAAUGUAAGCAUACUGUGUCCAUAAUAAGUAUAUAGGUUGUAUGUUGGGAGCUUUUGGGAAAGAGCACAGUUAGAAAGAUAUGGCAUUUAGAAGCAAACCGGAUGGACAUCAUGAAAAUGAUCGGAGAGGUUGAGAGUAGAAGAAGUUCAGGAGCAAAAAAAUAAAUAGAUAUGUAUGUGUAUGUAUGUAUAUAUAUAUAUAUAUAUGUAUAUAUAUAUGUAUGUAUAUAUAUAUAUAUAUGUAUGUGUGUGUGUAUGUGUAUGUAUGUAUAUAUAUAUAUAUAUAUAUAGAUAUAGAAUUAUUGUAAAAUUAACUCUGUCCAUAAGGUGUAGAUAGUAAGUAUAGACCGGAAGUAGAGGCCUGGGCGUUGUUGUUCACUAAUUUACUCCAAGUAGGGAAAGGAUGGUGGGGUUGAAAAGUAAUAAAGGGGAAUAUAUAUAUAUAAAAAAUAAAAAAAACAUGGGGGAUUGGAAGUGAUGCAGACAAUUACAUUGAUAGAAGAUACAAUCUAUCUGCAAUAUUAAGCUGAUCCAUCCCCCCGAAAAAAAAAAAAAAAAAAAAAAAAAAAAAAAAGAAUACCAAAGAAAAUACCAAAAAAACAUUAAAUAAAAAGAUAAUAAAAAAUAAAAGUUACAAAUAAUUAAAGAGCUGCAGUAAAAUAACAACAGCGAGGCUAUAUACAGGGGUCUUAUGGCUUUGGGUUAGAAGCUGUUUAUAAGUAUUUUGGACCUAGACUUGGCGCUCCGGUACCGCUUGCCGUGCGGUAGCAGAGAGAACAGUCUAUGACUAGGGUGGCUGGAGUCUUUGACCAUUUUUAGGGCCUUCCUCUGACACCGCCUGGUAUAAAGGUCCUGGAUGGCAGGAAGCUUGGCCCCAGUGAUGUACUGGGCCGUACGCACUACCCUCUGUAGUGCCUUGCGGUCGGAGGCCGAGCAGUUGCCAUACCAGGCAGUGAGGCAACCAGUCAGGAUGCUCUCGAUGGUGCAUCUGUAGAACCUUUUGAAGAUCUGAGGACCCAUGCCAAAUCUUUUCAGUCUCCUUAGGGGGAAUAGGUUUUGUCGUGCCCUCUUCACGACUGUCUUGGUGUGCUUGGACCAUAUUAGUUUGUUGGUGAUGUGGACACCAAGGAACCUGAAGCUCUCAACAUACUCCACUCCAGCCCGUUGAUGAGAAUGGGGGCGUGCUCGGUCUUCUUCUUUUUCCUGUAGUCCACAAUCAUCUCCUUUGUCUUGAUCACGUUCAGAACAUCUAACACGGGUGGGAUUAAAGGACGGGUGUGGUUACGUGACAAUGACGACAAGAGCAGCCGCUCACCAAUUCGACCACUCCAACGUAGUUACUAUACACUUCCGACUUUGCCUAAACAAAAACAAUGAAACUGCUACGCAGUUGUUGGUUAUAGCAGGUUAGAGCUGGAACUGAUUGAAUCUAGGCCUUAAAGGUCAUUUCCGAUUCAGCCGACAUAUGCAGCAUUUACCGUGAAUGCAAUCUCUGCAAACGCGGUAAUGUUGCCUUUAAAUGUAAAUCGCGCUACAAUGCAGAUCUUCCGUGCUAUGGAUUGAAUCGAGCCCCAAGUCUUUUAAGGCAGCCUUUCUUCAAGUAUGGGUCGUGACCGAAAGUGGCUCGCGGACAUGUUAAUGGUGGUGGGUCACGACAUGUCAGAGUUUUCGGCACUCCGUCAAGAUCUCAGCUUACUGUUUGUUGAGAGUUAAAAUAAUAGAAUACACAAGAUGCAAUUACUAAAUUUUGUCUUGUUAUGUCAGUCACUGAUAGUCACUCAAUUAGCCAAUAUUUUGAUUGGUAAGUUAGUAUAGCCAGCUAUCUAGUAAUAAUGGCCGAAUACCGACCAGGCACGCAGGGCACGUGCCCCUGACCUCCAGGGGGCCCCUAUUGAUUUUGUUAGUCACUGACAGUCACUCUCACUCAGAUAUCAUAUUAACAUGGCAUAAGUCAUGGCAAAAUGUGUAGAAUUGCAGGAAAUUAGCUUUAAAACUGCAAAGAUUUCUCUCCACCCGAUGGCAAAAUGGGUAUAAUUGCAUGAUUCUUUAAAAUAAAAUUGUUACAUUUUCUCUCCGUCCCAUCGCAAAAUGUGUAGAAUUGCAGGAAAUUUACUUUUUAAAAUUAUUAUUCUCUCCGCCAUCAAGAGGGGGGCCACUAAAAUGUUUUGCCCGUGAGGUGGGGCGACCCCCAACCAAAUUUCACUUAGAGCCCCCAAAAGGUGGCAUGUUUUCAUGAGCUUGGGUCCCAGGCAAAGACUGAAUUUCUCAUUUGGAUGCCAGGCUUAAGAAGUAUCAGAACCCCUGUUUUAAGGCAUGACACCGAAAUGACCAGGGCAAAUGUAAUAACAAUAUAUGUUGUUCUGUAGAUAUUAACCCUUUACACCCGUACCCAUAUACAGGUUGAAAAUAGCAGAUUUGGGCAAGCCUAAAUUGAAACGCAGUGGCUGUACAGUAACAUGCAAUAAAUGACGUCAGAGCUCAGGCUCUGCACUUCACAGUGCUGUAUGGGUUUUGACUGACAGCUGUUCUGAACUUGAGCACCGGACGUGACAAGAAGUUGCCCCCAUCCCUCCCGCUAAUUGGGCAAAUGUUUUGUUGACUGAGUGAGGGAAAUUCUGUAAAUUAAGAGGACUAUGUAUUUUGAAAGAUGAGACAUUGAGGACCUACCCCACAUUUUCCAGGAAUAUUCUUAUCAUGUUACUGAAUGUAUCCAGAGUAUUUUCAGAUUUCGUUAUCAACAAAUGCGGCAAAAAGUACAGUAAAUGUAAAAUGCACAGUGUAAUGUUUGGAUUCAGUCUUGUGUCAGGUAAACUAUUGUGUCCUCACCUUUGGUCUAAUAAUUUUCCCAUAAUCUCCAAACUGUUCCAUUUCAAUUACUACCAUGCUUAUGUAUAUGCUUUUCAUAUUUCUUCUGUAAGAAACAUUUCAAUUUAGCCCUAUGCAUAUAGGCGAAGGGUUAAAGGGAGGAAGUGACAUUGUAUCUUUCUUUUUUUUUUCUUACACAAGGUGGCAGGAAAUAAUUGCAAGCCGCAUUGCACAGGUUCUCAGCGCUGUCAUCGUCGCUCGACAGCGUGUUGGCUUUGAAGGGCGCUCUGCUGAGUCGAUAUGCAUACAAAACAGAUCCAGAUGUCGGAGUGUUAGUAAUUAAAGCCUAAAGGAGCGGCUACAAAGCCUCUGCUCGUUUUACAUCUUUUCUUUUUUGUCAAAGCCCCACGGCUGAAUGCUUGAUGUAUUACACCCCAUCAAAGAAAAAUGCCAGGCUUUCUAAAACUGUGAAGUAUCUUUCUUAAAUGAAUGUAUUUUUAAAGACGUCCGCUCCAAAUGUGAGUGUGUGCGUGUGUGUGUGUGUGGUGUCUAUGGAGGACGUGUGGUUAGCUGACCUACCUAAUAGAUAAGGUGACCUACAUGUUCUGAGGGAUGCGCUCUCUCGAUUUCUCUCUCUUCUUUCAAUCUCUCUAUUUUAGUCAAUUGAGAUCUGUCUCCGUCUCUUAAUCUCUCUCUCGUAGCUGUAGCCCCAGAUUUCUCCCAGAACAUGCUGAAGCCCCAGACCCUGGCCAGGCAGGGGGGUGACGUUCUGAUUGAGUGCAGGCCUAAGAUGUCUCCACAUGGGAUGAUCUCCUGGAGGAAGGGGAAAGAAGCACUCCGAGAGAGCCACAGGUAUGGUGGAAAGCUGGGACAGGAUUGAGAAGGGGCAUUCACAAACCUGGAUUCAAAUUGUACUUAAUACAAAUACUUUUUAGCAUUUACUUCAGCCUGUCUGGAGUGCCAGAUGGGUAUUGUUUGCGAUUUUGGGACUAUUUCAUUGGAUCCAUCGCACUAAGCAGAAUCAGUCAAGCACGCUAAAGUAUUUGAAAGGUUUAAAAUACUAUUUGAACCCAGGUCUGAUGCCCAUACUUUCUGAGAAAUGCAGUUGUUGACACUGUCAUUAUUUUACAGGAUGCUUUGUAUCAGUUCAGUGUUUUUCAUACCAGUGACUGGCAAACUAUGGUCCCUCAUCUUGUGUCAGGGCUAGCUAUGAUUUUUCCUCCUUGAGGGACCACUUGCAAAACAACUACCAAUGUAGCGGUUACUAAAUUAGUGUCAGUUAACCAUCUGGGACCAGGGACUGGUAAGCAACAUCCCACAGACCGACACAGGCCCACGGACUGGAGAUUGAGAAACACUGCCGUAGUAGUUCUUAGGGAUGCAUACAAACACUUCUAAGUACAAAGCCAUUUGGUGCCACACAGUUACCAAUGUUGAAUUACUUUUGAUGAGUUAACAUGAGAUUAGAGUCCUGUAGAAUUACUGAUAUAUUUUCUAAUCUUCUUUCAUUUCCCCUUCUCCGCUACUCUACUACGCUGUCUUGGGCUUUGUGUGGAACUGAUUUCCUAGUGUUUACUUAAGGUAAUUGGGACUUUCUAGUCUUUGGCACACAAAUCGAUCCAUUGAUCCAUCAGCUCAUUACCACUGGGUUGGUCAAGUGAGAGGAUUGUUAGAGCUGAAUGUAUGAGCCAGGAAUUGAGACACCAGGGUAGUGGAUGAAAUCUCAAGCAGCGAUGAUCAAUCAUCGGUGGAUUUACAACUUUAGCUAGACAUCCCCUUUGUGGUAUAAUGGCACUGGGUGAACUGGCUAACAACCUAAUUCCAUUACUGUAGAUCUGGGUGUAAUACCUCUGGCACUACAGGUAGAGCAACAAUGGAAAAGGCUGGAAAAGCUCUCUUUCUCUACACCACAGUGCCAUUGGUCAAAGUAAUGUUGUAUGAAUUGUGCAAAAACUAUCAGAAUCACAGGUUUUAUAAAUUCACUGUAGUGGUGAUGUCUUAGUUUUUAUUGAUCUUUGGCCUUUUUCAUUGAUAGGCGCUAUAAAUGUGGCAUGGUUCAGCAUGGUCAUGCAAAGAACGGCUCAUAAUAAUGUCCGGAACGGCGCUAAUGGAAUGGCAUCAAACGCCUGGGAACAAUGUGUUUGAUGUAUUUGAUACCAUUCCACUGAUUCCGCUCCAGUCAUUACCACAAGCCCAUUCUCCCCAAUUUAGGUGCCACCAACCUCCUGUGAUUCACACGUGCACCCACAUGCACGCACGCACCGUAAUUCAGGUAGUACAACAUUGGCCUUGGGCAGAGUUCCUACAAUACAUUAAAUAUGGCCACUAAUUAUGUGUGCGCUAGUCUCAUAUUAGCUGCUAUAACUCAGACAGCCUAGAUAAGGCUCUAUUUACUGGUUUUACUGUAGAGAUAGUGACCCAACGGGAUGACAACGGAAUACUGUUCACCUUACAUAUUUGACUGUUCAUUCAGAUACACCGAUUAGAAUAGAGAGUGACAGGGACAGGCGAAAGAGGAAUGAACUGUCAGAAGAGGUUUAUCUGGGAAUCAAAUCCCCAGGGGCCAUGUGUGGUCCAGAGGUGGCACUGACCUCCGGCAUGAGAUGAGAGAACAUUGAAAAUAAUCACACAGUAGCAAUCUAACCUUCCCUAGCAGUAUAUAAAUAAUUCUAUCCACCACACAUAAUUAUCUAAGUCUGCUAUAGAUUUACUUCAAUGUAGCCUGGUAGCAGAUCAGUUUGUUCAGUAGCCAGCUCCUCUGUCAUGCUCGUUGUCAUACCAAGAAAAUAAGGUAUGGCACAACAACAAAUACAGAGGAUUUGGCAACAGCACAUAAUCCAUUUUUUACAAGGCUGAUGUCAACGUUACCUUGUGCUAUGUUAUUCACCUCUGGUUGACCUACUGUAUAGCUUUAAUUGUUGUAACCAAUACUCAUACAUUUUCCAUAUUGCUUGUAGUUUUGCUUUUUAGGCACUUUGUUAUUUUUUCUGUUAUGAAAACCGCUAUAGAAAUUACACAAAUUAUUGCUAUUGUUAUUAUUAUCUUCACUGCAAUAGCAUCUUCAUUUGCAAAGAGGAACGCCGAACGGGAGACAUUACAACAUGGGCACAUCUGCCGGUGCAUGUGAAGAAUCAGUGGGGGUCUGCAUUUCUUAUUUGAUCUGGGAUUAAUUGUAUUAACUGCCUCAGCAGCUUUUGUGCUGCAUCUCCUGGAUAUCCAUCCGCAGGCCUGGAAGUCUCACCUCCCUCUGCCAACAUUAUUGGGAAGGACCAGAGGUGAUGUACCAGGUGGAGCCAGGCUGCUUUGAAGAAAUAGCAGGGUUGAUACAUCUCGCUCAGGAACAAGAAAGAGGUGCUAUUGUUUGAACUGGCUUCUAGCAGUAAUAUCAUUCCAAAGAUUGAGUGUGAGGUGUGUCAAAAUUCCACUCGUAUUUUGCUAUGGUAAUGCUUCAGUAAUGCUCCUAAAAAUGAAUUUGGACAAUAUUUAUUUAUUUCUGUACAGAUAUAUUCCUGGUGUGAACAAUUUUAAUCUGCUCAGGGAUCAAAUCAACUACACCUAAGAAAUAUUUGAUUCAAAAAGGAAAUAUCCUAGAGUAGAGAUGUGUAUAGAAAAAGUUGUUGGCUAGGGUUAUAGCUGCAUCUUUCACAAACCAAUUUCCCCUGUUUGUCUCUUAAGGAUUCUUCACCUCUUUAUCCAGAUAGGACUGCACCACUGCUACUACAGGAGUGCAACACUACUAAUCUAUCUCACUGUCCUAACACUGAUACUUAUUUAUAAUCUUCAUGGUAUUAUUAUGUGUUGAUGCUCUGGGCCAGAGGAGAGCAAACGUACCAAGAACAAGUUGGGGUGGUGAUUGUUUAAUCAAGUCAUGCAGCGGUGGCACUGAGCAUCGCAUGCACGUCUUAAACAGGAUUUGUGUGUGUACUUAUGCUGGGGCUAUGACAUUAACCGCAAUGGCUUACAAGUAAUUCAAUUUCAAUGCUGACCAAAUGGAAAGGACAAAACUCACAAAAUAGCUUUAUAAAAUUGGAAUUUGGAAUUAGACCUCUACAGUAUGUUAUAUUAAACAGCACACGUUGUUGCUUGAAAAAAUAUAUAAUCCAUCUGUAAGCCUCUCAACCAAACAGACUGCAAUACGUUCCUAAAGAGUCUCUAAAACUGAGGAAGAGAGUGUAAUGUUUGUAUCGCAAUGAGGAGAUGAAAACUCUACAAUUUGAUGUUUCGUACAUACCCCAUAUCAGCACAACAAAAGUCUUGUAGAAAGACUACAAUUAAUGGUUUUCUCUUUCCAAUGCUUUUUGAGGUUUGUGUAUUCACAUUAUUUAAUUAUUAGAUUUAUUUCAUGUAGCUGAUAGCCAUGGCCUACAUAGUGCUCUGGAGUGUGGUAUGCCCUGGAGUUUCUGCCAAUUAUGUAUACAAACCCUGGGAUGGCUGAUGCUAUGUAUUUGCCAAUGAGAGGCUUUGAAGCCACCUCCGCCAUAUUGGUGGUAUUCAGAAGGAGCAGUCCUCCAUAGGAAUGAAUGGAAUUCUACAGUAUUUCAAUUAAAUGUUUGAAUACAAAAUUUGAUGUAUUUAAGUAUUUCUUUGUUGUAGUGGGGACAGUAACAUUAGUACGCUCAAGAAAUUAUACUUUAAGGGGCAUAGUGUUUUUUAUUUUAUUUUUUAUGUUCAGUUCACAUAAUACAUUUAAAAGUAUGCAUUAAGGUGUGUGUAAUAGAAUAUACUUGGCAAAAACUAAUUUCUAUAGCUUCCAAUAUAAAAACAUUUAAAUGGUGGAGGAGUACAAAAAUGGCUGCGCAGUGGCUUCAAAACAGUGCACCCCUGGCAGUCAUCUAGGGUAUAUAUACAUAAUUGGUUGUUACCCACUUUAACGUGUUUCCCCAAGUCAAUUGAAUAAUUCCCCUUGGUUUGUUCUGAGAAUGACUGCUUGCUGCUUACAUCCUUGGAAUUGAUACAUACUGCCCUUAACUCUUCAAGCCAGGGUCUGUAUCUUUAUCACCAUCCAAUAACAGAGAGAAAAAAUUGUAUUUGUCCCUAAACUGUGAUUUUUGUCCGAAUUUCACAACGGCCCCCAUACACCUUAAUUAUAACACAGUAUUCCGUUGUCAUACACCGUAAAUGUAAAUAUGGGCUGCAUCUUUAUAUUCUAUUCCCGCUUUGAAAGAUAAGGAGGAAGUCUGUGCAGUGAAAUCUCAUAUCCAUAACUCUUUAUUAUGGUCCAUUUCAUUGGAAGCCCUCUGAUAAAGUUAGAAGAAAUGCUUCCCUCUCCCGGGGGCCUAGUUAUAGAAAUGGACUAAUGCCAUGUGAUUCUGGUGAGCUUAGCAGGUCAUAUUUGGUUGUUUGGGAAGAGAUAGCUAUCCUGUAUGCUAAGGGGUAUCUUUUAGGGAGCCGUAAUGUAGCUUCAUUUCCUUUUAAAGCUUUUUUAAUGUGCAUAGGGCAUUGGUUAGCCUCAUCACACCCUCUUGAGCAGUUUUGAUGAUGAGAGAGCCGCUUAGAGCAGGGAUGUGCAGGGAUCUGCAUUUUUACGACUUACUUAUUGAUUAAUAGCGGACGGUAUUAUCAGAAUAUGAAAAUAACGCCAGUGCUAGUUCAGAUGGUUGGGUCGGAAUCUAUCACUUAAUUCAACUCAGCAACUUGCUUAUGUUCACAUGGCAACCAUGAUGUGCUAUGAAUAUACUUGAUAUACUAUAUAUUUAGUGUUUACACAGGAAAUCUUCUGCAAUUUACACAUUAUAGAUCACACGUCAUCUGCCUUGCCAUUUAGUUAUUUGUAUCAAUCAUUUUUAUUCUGCAUUAAGUUAUUGGUUAAUUUCUUUAAUCAUCAGUAUGGUUACUAUCUAAGAUGAGUUCAAUUAGUUUUAAACAAACUACAACUUCAUAAGCCUUUCAUUACAUAUCACUCUGACCAACAGAUGUGUGGCUUUAGAUCGGUGGCACCAGUGUUUAUACAAAAGCUUUAAACGUAGUGAUAUGACAGUGCUACAAGCAGAUAUUGCAGAUGAGGACGUUUCAAGCUCUUGCACUCACACAGAAAAAAGAUGUGCAUGUGCACGUGUGUGCGUCACGCAACAUGUUAGCUGCUGGACCAAAACAGCAGAGACUUUUGGCCUCGCGAUUCACAUUCUUAGUUAUUGCGUGAGUCGGCCCGAUAUUGCUGUUUACUUGGUGCAUGGCUGACUCUACCUUUAACUAUGGGCUGUUGUCAUGGUACCUGAUGGUCAAGGGCAGGGGUGCACAGCUCCAGUCUGAGCCACAGCAGCAGUACCACUGGUUCUCUUUUCUUAAUUGAUCAAUAAAACAUCUCACUGUUCUGACUACUAGACAGAGUCCACACAAUAUCAGACAGAGUCCACACAACUGGUCUAUUGAAAUCGAUUAUUCAAUGACAAGGCUGAUAUAACCAGCAGAAACUGCAGCCGUUGAGGUCUGGAUCUGUGAAGAGAACAGAAUGGUUUCACUCCUCACUGAAGAUUUAGAACAAUGUUUAAAAUAAUAGUUUCAAUGCAGGUGAAAUAGUCACAAUGGUCACAAAUGGUACUUCUUUUUUAUUUAUUUUUACCCACUCCUCAAUAAUAGCAUUCUCAAACCUUCAGAAACAGGCCUUAGGUAGAUGACAGUUUCUGUGGCAAGAUAUUGACAUUCAUUAUUUGUAUUCAUUUCUAGAGUCUCAGUGUUGGACAAUGGAAGUCUUCGAAUAGCAAACGUUACCAAAAUGGAUGCCGGCCUCUACACCUGUGUGGCAAGGAACCAGUUUGGAGUGGCAAGCAGUGCUGGGAGUCUUUUGGUUAAAGGUAUCUCUACUUCCACUCCUUGA